AUGGAGGGUUCGGCGACAGGGGGAAAUCACGGAGGCGAUCCUCGCGCCGAGCAUGCCGCAACCAAGGAGUCUGAAGAGGCGGCAACGCAACACCAUCUGACGCUGCUCCAGCCGAGCGUGGUCCAAGUUUCUGCAGCCGUGCUGGAUAAGGACAAGGUGGCACAGCACGAGUCGGUGGGGCUGGUCGGUGGCUCUCCUCCUUCUGGUGGACGGGGAAGGCGUAGGCAAAGGAAGAGCGAUGGGGAGGAGGAUGAUGACACCGCCGUGCCCGGGGACCUCACCACGCGGGCGAAGAGGCGCCAGACGACAGGUAGUGCUGACAACGCCGGAGGCGUGGAAGUUGACACACCGCGAGGCGCCAAGGAAGCUAGUGGCAAGGCGUGCGGUCAAGCAUUGCGCCAGAAGGGCCGCCCCGCAGCAAGAAAAGCAUCUGGCGGAAGGAGAGGCAAGAAAGCGGCGACAGGAACGAGGCCGAAACGGGGCGAUGAAGACCCCGGUGAUACGGAGGAGGAGGAGGAUGAGGAGGAGGAUGUGGAGGGAGAGGAGGAUGAAGAGGAAGCGGAGGAGCAAGACGCGGAUGUUGGGGAGGAUGCUAAAGAUGAGAAUGAUGGCGGGGAGGACGAAGAGGAGGAGGAGGAGGAGGAGGAGGAGGAGGAGGAGGAGGAGGAGGAGGAGGAGGAGGAGGAGGGGGAUGAGGAGGAGGAGCAGGGUGACGAGGAGGAGGAGGAGGAGGAGGAGGAGGAGGAGGAGGAGGAGGAGGAGGAGGAGGAGGAGGAUGUGGCGCCAGGGAAGAGACGGGGCGGGCGUGGCGGUCGGGUGAGUGGGACAGGGAAGGAGGGGGGCCGGACUCACCCUUCCCGAAAACGCGGGGCAGGUGACGCUGCGCGCGGCGAAGCAGCGGGCAAACCAAAGGCGCGUAAGGUGAAGGUCGAAAGUGAAGGGGUUGGUAAAAAGCAAGGGAGCCAGGGUGCAAAAGGGGAUGGAGGAGGAAAGGGUGGCCGCGCCAAAGGGGUUCGAGUGGGUACCGGCAAGAAGGAACCUGCCGGUGAAAGUGAGGAGCACGAGCAGUUUGUUACACGGGAGGAGUUCCAGGCGCUGCGGUCUGAGAUGUACGCCAUGUUUGCACAGCUCGGCCUGCGUCGUGGAGUACCUGCCAGCUAUGCCGGCGAGUCGGCAGCCCUGCCUAUGGCUGGUACCCCGCCGCCGAUGAGCGCCGUGGACAAGGCACGAGUGCUAGUGUUGCAGGAGACAAACCCAUUCCCGGUAUGUGGCGGGCCAAAUGGGGCGGGUUGGGGUUGA